AUGGGCAAAAGAAGUCGAGAAGAAACCGAUGACGACAGCAAACCUAAUACACAAGAUAAUACCGCAACAUCGCACUGUCCAUUUUGUUCUACUUUGAUUUAUGGCUAUAAUGGAUUCCAAACUCAUUUUCUUACAUUUCAUGAAUAUCAAUGUUUAGCUUGUGACAAGAUAUUUCCUUCACGAUAUAUAUUGGAUUUACAUAUUGAUGAGUAUCAUAAUCCAAUUUUAAAGACACAAGGUGAGAGAGAGGGAGGUGAGGGUAAGAGUAUUCUACGAUGCCUUUCUGAGAAUUGUGCGAUCGCAUUUACUUCAUUGGAUGUGAGAACUAAUCAUUUAAUUAAUCAUCAUAAUUAUCCAGAAACUUAUCCCUUUAAUAUCACAUCUCAAGGAAUCUCAUCUCCCCAACUGACAACUUUUUGA